GUUAUGAAGAACUCGCUGACUAGGAGGAGACAAAAAUCAGGGAUGGUGCUGGCCACCGAAGAACCUUCAGCUGCGGUUGAGUUGGGGUUCAAGAACUACCAGGAAAGAAGAUGAUGGCAGUGACAUAUACUUUCAGCAUCCAGUGGCACUUCUUGCUGCAAAGGCACAGGUCACUUUGAACUAGAUCAUGGGGACAAUGGUAAACAGAACUAGGAUUAAUUCUACCCAGGGAACCGAUGCAUUCUCAUCACUUGGAGUGUCCCAGUUUCAGGAGGCCAUCGGCAUUUUCUUCAUGGUCAUGCUGAGUGUCAUUGCCUUGGUUGCCAAUACAGCAGUCAUGGUAGUCAUUCUCAAGACACCUCUGCUGAGGAAGUUCAUCUUUGUCUGCCAUCUCUGCCUAGUAGAUCUGCUGUCCGCCAUUUUUGUAAUGCCACUGGGGAUCAUCUCCAGCUCCACUUGCUUCAACAGAGUUUUGUAUAGCAUCGCUGAAUGCCAGACAUUGAUCUUCCUGAAUGUUUGCUUUAUCAGUGCCUCCAUCCUCACCAUCUCCGUCAUCAGCAUUGAACGGUACUACUACAUCGUCCACCCCAUGAGAUAUGAAGUCAAAAUGACUACUGGGCUGGCAGUUACCGUUGUGGUUUUCAUCUGGGUUAAGUCCAUUCUUGUAGCUGCUUUGGCACUAGUGGGCUGGCCCCAGGAGAAUGGUGCCAGCAGUGCCAGCAAGUGUACUAUCUGCUGGAGCCCAGGAGCUCACAAGAAGAUCUUUGUGAUCAUCUUCAGCACUCUGUGCUUCAUAGUGCCCACCUUAAUCAUCUUUGCAGUCUAUGGGAGCAUCUACAAAGUGGCUCGGAUUGCAUCCUUGCAGCAUGCUCCUGUCCCGUCCUGGACAGCCACACCCAGACAAAGAUCAAACUCCAUUCACAGCCAAGUCACUAUCAUUACAACCAGGCAUGUGCCUCCCAGGCUGUCACCAGAACGCUUGUUUGGUGGGAAUAAAGCUGCCCUGACCUUGGUCCUGAUUGUAGGCCAGUUCCUCUGCUGCUGGCUUCCAUUCUUCUCCUUCCACCUUCACUGCUCCAUCAACUCUGCCUCCACCAUCCCUGGUUACAGUGAGAUUGUUGUGACCUGGCUUGCCUAUUCCUCCUUUGCUAUCAACCCUUUUUUCUAUGGGCUGCUGAACCGUCAAAUCAGGGAAGAACUGUCCAAGCUGGGACGACACUGCCUCAGCAAGCCCUUGAGCCAAGAGCUGUGCAUCUCCAGUCCGGAAGGGUCCAUCCACGAGAAUUUCUUCCAGUUCCUGCAGAGGACCAGUUGUACAACAGAGACCCGUUCCACGUAUGUUAAUUCCAGUCCUAGGAACACUUUGGACCAGACUGCAAUGGGAUUCAGAAUUCCAGGACAGAUACCAGAAGAAACCAACUGAGAAAAGGCCAAUGUUUUCAAAUCCCGUUCACAUCUCUUUCCAUCUGGCUUUCAGCUAAGAGGGGAAGAACAGAAGGCUCAAUGCACUGAAAGACCUGAGAGAGCCUCCUUUUAUUGCAGGGAUCUGCAGCUGAACAAUUGCUUUUCUCUCUGAGAAUAAAAUGUGAUGAAAUGGGCUGUUGUAACUGGUGGGAUCAGAGCCGGUUGUACCAUUGGGCAGCUAUCGGUAUCCACCUGGGGGAAGGGGGUGUACUGUGCAAGGAGAACAUCCUUAACAAUAGGAGACAGUAAUUGGAGUGUUGGCCUUUCCAAACCCUGUUCCCCGAAGUGCAUGUUGGUGUAAGCGCUAAAGUACUGUUAGCCCAAAGCCAGGGCCAAUAGUACUAUUUCUCCACAACCAUUUGAACAGGGCAGAUUUAGCUUAGAUAGCAAAGGUGGAGAUGUAUUUUUUAAGUAUUUUUUUUUAAUGUGAGCUCCAGUGCUAGAGAGCUAGGAUUGCUCAGCCUCCAAAGGUAGAUGGGAGUGGUGAGAAGCUUUAAAACUCUUGAAAAGGAUGGGAAAGGAGGGAUUUGUGGCAUUUAUCCUACACCUAUGAUAGCAGAGCAGCCUGUGCUGGCUGUGGCUGAUGGGAGCUGUAGUCCUAAACACCUAGAGGGUGCCUGAUUCUGGAGGGCUAUACUAAAGCACCCAUGAUCUGCAUUCGAUUUAUAACUACAAUAGUUUGGUUAGGAAGCUGAAAUUGUAUUUUUUCCAGCAACUCAGUGCUGUGUGCAGGGAAAAUUUGAUUUCCCCAAGAAUUCAGAAGUUAGGUGUGGAAAUGUUCAUUGGGUCACACUCAAUAAAUGGAUAACCUCUGUAUAUUCCCUAUGCAAGAUCAGCUCUCUCUGGAAUAUAAGGGCAGAAUCCAUUGCACUGGCGAAUGAGUGCUUGAAAGGGCUGCAUGUGAAGGGAUUUAUUUCAAUAUUGUCAAGGUGCACAGAGGUCUGUGUUGUUUUUAAUUUUUCAUCUGAGACUAGUUGUGAAUGGGAGCAAGGCAAUCUCUUUAGAGUUAAUUGUCCUGCUCUACAGAGAGAUUCUGCUGUUUUUGCCACAAAAGGAUUCAAACUCUGAUAGUAUAAUUCAAGUCUUCAAAGCCACUUUCUCUUCCCCGCUUGUUUGUAUUGUGGCAUAGACAGAAUGCCCCAAAUCACAGAUUAUUCUUGGCCUCCCCUAAAAAAGGAUGGAGAUAAAAGCUGUAGGCCUUCCCUUUUUGUUUUUAUUAAAUAUGCAUUCUCUGACAAGUCUUGUGCUACAAAUGUUAUAUUGGUUCUAAACCUACAUAGAAUGAGACUGAAGGCCCAUCUAGUCCAACAAUCAGUUCCCCACUGUGGCCAGAGGAUGCCUAUGGGAAGCCGGGAAGCCUGGCAUAGUGGCUAUGAUUUCUGUGAUGAAGGGGGAAAUGAAAGUU